GUGAAAAAAAAAACGGACAAAAAACAAAAGCCACUUACGAUUAUUGUUGUUUUUAUUUUAGUUGUUGUUCUUUCAAAUGGAAUUUCUAAUCGAUAAUUUUCUUAUCAAAACUACGAAUGAUUCAUUCAAUUUUUUGAUUCAAAAUAUUUUUAAUUGUGGAAUUUUAUAGAGUAGGAAAAAACUCUAAAGACUGAAACAAAAAGUUUUCGGUCAAAUUUUUUUUUUGUGUACUUACAACCUAAUUAAUUUAUUUUAAUUUAAAAAAUGGAGCCUAAUACUCCAUUAAUUCAAGCGAAUUCACAUAAUAUACAAGAAGAAUCAUUAGAUUGUGGUUUAAAGUCAAUUGGAUGGUGUGGCGGUUCAAAAUGCCAAAAUUUAGCAACAUCACGAAAUUUUAUAAUUGCUUUUGCAGUUGUUACAGCCCUUCAGGGUGCUGUUAUGACAUAUUUUCGAUUAUCAGCACAACAAGCUGGUAUGGAUCUAGGAUUUGAUCCUUAUAUUAUAGAUUGGUUAUUAGUGAGUGUGGGGUUAACACAAGGUGUAAUUGCAUUUGGUUUAGUAUUUUAUUCACAAAGAUUUCAUCCGAUGUCCUGGAUUAGUGGAUUUAUAUUGUUAGAAGCAGCUUUUGCAAUUAUUACCAUUAUACCAGCAUUGCAUUUUUUACCAAAUCAAGGAGAACAGAGUCGCCCGGUGUACGCCCCACCAUUAUGUAUACGUGAUUCUUAUAAAUCUGAAAUUGAAAAACCUCAUGGUGUUGUUACACUUAUUCUUCUAUUCGUACUACAUUCAGUUAUUUCCAUUACAAAUGCAAUAAUUUAUUGUAUUGGAUAUUCCUACAUCGAUGAUAAUUCAAAACCAAAAAAUGCAGCAAUUUUGCUUGGCAUUGGAUUAGCAGCACAUUUUUGGGGCGCACAAUUAGGAGCUGCAGUUUCACUUCAAGUAGAUGCAUUACCAUUAGGUUGGUGGUUAGGAUGGGUAAUAAUAGUUCCAUUAUUAAUUAUUUCUGCCAUUAUUAUUGGAUUGUUUCCAAGAAAAUUAGUUAGAACUAUUGUAAGACAAGCAGCUGAUUUAAUAAUACAAAGAAUGUCACAACCAAACCUAAUUGAAUCAGUUGAAUAUGUUAAAGAAUUUACAUUCUUUCCGACAUUAAAAAGGUUAAUUACCAACAGAACUUUAAUGUUCAAUUUAUUAGCUUUCACAUUUUUGGAAACAGUAUUAAUAAAUUUUUCACUGCAAGAAGAAGAAUAUAUGCAAUCGAGAUUUUUUAUUGCAACUAGCGAAGCUAAUGGUCUUCUAGAUGAAUGGAUGUCAAGAUUUUUAUUGAUUAUAUUAAAACCUCCUAUACUUGGAUUUACAAUUUUAUUUGCUGCUUUUAUUGUAGCUAAACUUCAACCUUCUGCAAAAAGUUUAGCAGCAUGGAAUGCAAUAGUUGAAAUUUUAGUUUGCUUAUUUUUUGUUUCUUACAUAUUUUUACAUUGUUCAUCAGAAACACUAACACAGUCGUAUAAGAAUAAUAAAGUAAUGCAACCAGAUUGUUCAACGGAUUGUUAUUGUGGCGAUGAUGUCCUGUUUAUGCCAGUUUGUACAGAAAGAGAAAAGAAAACAUAUUUUUCACCUUGUCAUGCUGGUUGCAAUGCAAGCUAUACCAUCAACAAUGUUGUGAUGUACAAAAAUUGCCUCUGUGGCUCAAAUCACGAAAGCCCAUUCCCAAAUGGAGUAGUUACAUCGGGAGCGUGCAAUUUCCAGGAUUGCCGGAAUAUAUGGCUUAUAUAUCAAGCUUUAGCAUUAGUUGCGGCUAUCCUUUUGGCAUCAUGUGAAGUAAAUAGAAUGCUAAUAACAUUCAGAAGUGUUUUGCCUCAAGAUAAGGCACUUGCUUUGUCUAUGGAAAUAACAAUUGCUGGUCUUUUUGUUAACAUUCCUGGAAAAUUAGCAUAUGAUUAUAUUGCAAGUUCAACAUGUGAAUAUUAUUCUCAAAGUUUAAGAAAAUGUGCAUUACAACAAUCCCCAUUACAUGGAAACAUUUUAAAUAUUGUGUCCGCUAUCCUUUUUGCGAUAUCUGCAGUUUUUGACAUACUAAAUGCUAUUUUCAUUAAAGAUAUAGAUUGUUUUACAAAAACUAAAAUAAAUAAAAGUGAUGGUAUUAUUCCAGUUCCACUGCAACCAAUGAAUUCAAGAGUUGAUCAAACUGAUGUAAACGAAAAUUCAAAUACAGGAAAUGAAAACGAAAUAAAUCCAGGACAACGACAACCGCAAACACAAUAUAAUUCAUAUUUAAGAAAUUAUCAGGAUAGUUCUCCUGAUUCAAGUUUAUUUCAAAAUUCACCGCGUCGUAUUGGCGGUAGACGUUCAAGAAGUCCAGUUAGUUCACAAAGUUCUAUAGUUAAUCCAAAUAUUCAAUAUGAAGAAGUAGCUAAUGAAAACGCAAGUUCACCCAAACGUUUAUCACCACAAAAUCAAAAUGUAAAUUACGCUCAAGUUAUGUUUGAAUUUAAAAAGAAGUCAAAAUCAAAAGAAAUAGAUCCAGUAUCAGAAGAACAAGAAGUUGUGCCAAAAUCAUUAAGUCCAGUAUCAGAGCAAACAACAAGUAAUAUUGGUAGUGAUUUAGAUGAAAAUUUAGAUUUUAGGUUACAAAGAGAUCAACCGAUAACUAGACAAGAUAUGGAUGCUGAUGACGAGCUCUCUGAAUUGGAUACUAAACAAAAAAAUGGAAAAGUAAAAGCUAAAGAAACUUCAUUCUAAGACUUUAUAAAAAAAAUUAUGAUUUAGUUUAUAGUUCACAUUGUAUAUGACAUUUUUAAUUUUUUAGAAGAACAAAAAAUUUCUUCGAUUAAUAAGUUCAUUUUGGUUUUUGUAAUUUUAGAAAAUUUUAUUAAAUCUUAAAAAAAAAAUUUG